ACUUGAAUGACUAAGCGAUGCCUUGGCACGAUCUCCCCAGACUCGAAACUGCGGUUUGUCUAUCAAUGCUAGAAGUCCAUACCGCGAACAUCUCUACAAUUCGACAAAUCCCAGUAUCUAUCCUCAUGUUCCCCAUGUACGAUCGCGCGAAGCCUUCUGGCAAUCUUUAACAAGCCCUCAACACGUCUGCAGUCCUCAUUCCUACCUUCGAUGACGCGUAGCCAUGUUCACUUUCACGCCCUUGCUCGGGGCUCAGAGCAACUCUCGAGCUUCACAAUCCAUUCUUGAGUUGGAUGGGGGAGUCAAAAUUCUUGUCGAUGUUGGUUGGGAUGAGAGAUUCGAUACUCGUCAAUUAGCCGAGAUAGAAAAGCAUGCAUCAACGUUAUCCUUCAUCCUCCUCACCCAUGCCACUACUUCUCAUAUUGGUGCCUUUGCACACUGUUGCAAGCAUAUCCCCAUCUUCUCCCAGAUUCCUGUCUACGCCACUCCGCCGGUGAUCGCGUUUGGUCGCACUCUACUGCAAGAUCUUUACUCUUCAACACCCUUAGCCGCCACGUUCAUUCCCGGCUCAGGUUCCCCAGACGACGAUUCCAGUGCCGACGACAAGUCUCGAUCCCACAUUCUCCGACAAGCCCCUACGUUCGAAGAGAUCAACAAGUUUUUCACCCUCAUUACACCUCUGAAAUACUCGCAGCCUCAUCAGCCCACACCCUCGCACUUCUCAGCGCCGAUAGAAGGACUUACAUUGACUGCGUACAACUCGGGACACACUCUCGGUGGAACCAUAUGGCACAUACAAUAUGGAAUGGAAUCAAUAGUCUAUGCGGUAGAUUGGAAUCAAGCUAGGGAAAAUGUCAUCGCGGGAGCAGCAUGGUUUGGAGGAGUAGGAGGUGCCGAAGUUAUUGAGCAGUUGCGCAAGCCGACAGCGCUGGUCUGCAGCAGCAUCGGCGCUGCCAAAGCUGGCUUGGCUGCUGGCCGCAAAGCAAGAGACGACGCAUUGCUGGGACAUAUUAAGAGCAGUAUCGUCAAGGGAGGGACUGUUUUGAUCCCGACGGAUUCGAGUGCUCGGGUCUUGGAGUUGGCAUGGAUUCUCGAAAAGGCUUGGGCUGAUCCUAUGCUCAAAGGUGCGAAGGUGUACCUGGCAAGUCGGUCUGGCAACGCAACUCUGCGCCAUGCUAGGAGUUUGCUUGAAUGGAUGGACGACAGCAUUGUUCGGGAAUUUGAAGGAGAGGACGAGAAUCAAACACAGACUCAUCGCAGAAAUGGCAGCAAGCAAACCAAUGGCACCUCUAAAUCUUCAAGGCCAUUCGAGUUUCAGAAUGUGAAAAUUGUGGAACGCAAGAGUCAGUUCGAAAAGCUAUUAAAAGUCGAAGGGCCUCGCGUCAUCCUUGCGAGUGAUGUAAGCCUGGACUGGGGGUUCUCCCGUUCUUUAUUGGAGCAUAUGGUGCAACGACCGGAGAAUCUUCUCCUCUUUACUGAGAAGGUGGAAGUGCGGCCUGGUACUCCUAGUCCGGGUCAGAUUUUCUGGUCUUGGUUUGAACAGCGUCAAGAUGGUGUAGCCCUUGAGAAGACCCCUGAUGGCGAGCAACUGGAGCAGGUACACAGUGGAGGGAGGAUGCUCAAGCUUCGACACGCAGAAAAGGCUUCUUUGAGCACACAAGAGAGCCAAAGAUAUCAAGAGUAUAUGGCCACUCAGAGACAAAUUCAAGAUUCUCUAGCCGCGAACGAACGAGACCAAGGUGCUGUGGACGACAAUUUGGACGACGAGUCAAGUACCUCAUCGGAAGAAGAGUCGGAGGAUGAACAGCAGGGCCGCGUCCUGAAUGUUUCCUCCGCGCUUGGCCAUGGCGCUCGAAACAAGCUAGCUCUUACUGACGAAGAUCUUGGUAUCAACGUCUUGCUACGAAAAAAAGCGGUGUACGAUUAUGAUGUGCGCAAUAAAAGGGGAAGAAAUGCCGUGUUCCCUUAUACCCACACACGGCGACGUGGCGACGAAUUCGGAGACUUUAUCAAGCCCGAAGACUUCCUGCGUGAAGAGGAAAAGGAAGAGCAAGACGCGCAACCUGACAGCAAGACAAAUGGUCUGUUAGGACAAAAGCGAAAGUGGAGUGAAGCAGACAAUGCACGGGAGACACAUCAGAAGCGGUCACGCCAGGGUGGCCCUGCAAGCGCGGCCGAUUCUGGGGAUGAAUCUGACAGCGACGAGUCCGUUGUGGAGGGACAUCUGGAAACUGAAGGACCCCAGGGCCCGACAAAGAUCGUGUACUCCAUAUCCGAAAUCACCGUCAAUGCUCGACUAGCAUUCGUUGACUUUGCCGGAUUGCACGAUCAGCGCAGCCUCCAGAUGCUGAUACCUCUCAUCGGACCCAAGAAACUCAUCCUCACGAGUGGAAAUCCGUCGGACACGCUAGCUCUUGCAUCAGACUGCAAAGAGCUGUUGGGCAUGAAAGUUGUGGGUACGGAGGAGGAAACGUCGACCGAGAUCUUUACACCUCAUGAGGGUCAAACCAUCGAUGCCAGUGUCGAUACGAAUGCCUGGGUUGUGAAGUUGAGUAGAGAGCUUGCCAAAACGCUGCGGUGGCAGAAUGUCAAGAGCAUGGGCGUUGUCACUAUCCAAGGUCAGUUGAAGGCUGAAGGGGAGCAGAAAACGGAUGUCGAGGACGAUCCACAAUCGAAGAAGCAGAAAAUCGACACUGAGGCGUCUCUACAAACGACACCCCAGCCAGGUAUUUCGGUCCAACCGGUUCUCGAUGUUUUACCGGCCAAUUUGGCUGCCUCGACAAGAUCAGUGUCUCAGGCUAUUCAUGUUGGAGACCUACGCCUCGCCGAACUCAGGCGUAUCAUUGCCAUGGAUGGGCACACGGCAGAAUUCCGAGGCGAAGGCACCUUGCUUGUGGAUGGCAUGAUUGCAGUGAAGAAACUCGGUAGCGGAAAAAUUAUCGUUGAAGGUGCCCCAAUCAGCGUGACUUCGAUGAGUCCCAGUACGGCAGAUAAUUUUACGAGAGUGAAGCAAAAGGUCUACGAAGGCCUCGCCGUUGUUGCGGCUGGAUAG